AUGGGUAUCGCCUUCCACUGGCUGCAGUUGCGCGGAAAAUCGACGAGCCGUCGCAGUGACUUGCUGCCAAUGGACGAACAUCUAUACCCAGAAGAGUCUAUGGCGUUCACCGAAAACCUCGGCGAGAACAUCUUCAUCUUUCGUAUGAUCACCACCGAAAACCUCGGAGAACAUCUUCAUCUUUCGUAUGAUCACCGAACAGGUGAUCCUCUCGGGUAG